CGGGCGCUCGUGCACCUCAGAUCAGUUGCUCUCUCGGAUGCGGCGGGUAGAAAGCAGUUUCUCCACCAGGCAGCAAGAGCCGGGGGAGAAACGGGUGGUGUCUCGAUGUCCCAGUGUGGCCUUGGGUGAACAAAAUCAAGUGGCCACACUACCCGUGCAGCUGCUCAGGAAUGAUCUGGCUGUGGUGCCGGGCAAUAGCCAUGCGGAUGCGGAUGCAAAUUUCCAGAUGAAGAUAGAUGUCCAUGGCUUCGCUCCGGAAGAGCUGAUGGUGCAGGUGAACGGCCAGAACCUGACAGUGACAGGUCAGCAGCUACGGGAGUCGAAUGACCGAGUCAGGGGCCGUUACCGCACAGAGCAGACAGUGCACCGGCAAAUGCAGCUUCCACCGAACUUAGAUCCUGCAGCCAUGACCUGCAGCCUGACACCCUCUGGCCAUCUGUGGGUCCUGGGACAAAACAGGUCACUACCUCCCUCUGAAGCCCAAACAGGCCACGCCCCGAGCCUCGGGAGCCAAGGAUCUAAGGGCUCCAACUGA